AUGGCUGGGCUGGUGGACUUCAAGAACGAGGAGGAGGUGAAGGAGUACCUGGACAAUCUGGGGGUGGAGUACCACUAUGCGUGCUACAAGGAGAAGCAGCCUGACGGCUGCCAUCGUUUAGCUGAAUACUUGGAAAACGUUAAGAGAGAUUUUGUAGCAACAGCAAAAGUGCUGAAACACAACUGUGAAGAGAACGGGCAGAGCGAGAGCUGUUUUAAGCUGGGGGCUUACCACAUAAUUGGAAAAGGGGGAGUACCAGUGGAUAUCCAAGCUGCUUAUACCUGCUUCCUAAAAUCCUGUAACAAGGGAGGGAGGAAAUCAUUAGACGCCUGCCAUAACGUUGGUUUGUUACUACAGGGCGGUCAUUUGAACGAUAAGAAACCUGAUCCCGUUGCUGCCAGAGACUAUUACACAAAGGCCUGCGAUAGCAAUUUUUCUGCAAGCUGCUUUAACCUGAGUACAAUGUACUUACAAGGAACGCCUGAGCUACCCAAGGACAUGAGCAAAGCCCUGCACUAUUCUGAGAGAGCCUGUGAGCUAGAACACAUAUGGGGGUGCGGCAACGCCAGCCGAAUGUAUAAACUGGGGGAUGGGGUCGGUAAAGAUGGCGUCAAAGCAGAAACCUUGAAAAGACGUGCUGAAGAACUAUACAGAAAACAACACAAGGCAGAACAGAUAACCUUUGGAGAAUGA